AUGCGCGAUGGCUUCAUCACGCACGUUCGUGGCAAUGUCACCCGCAUGCCCGUUGAUGUCACGGCGGGGUGUCACCCGGUCUCCGCUCGGGGUGAGACCCGGCCUCGGGACGGCCCUGUGCCCAACCUGCGACUUGAGGGCCACAUAUGGCCCUUUGCUGCUCACUGUGCGGCCCUUUGCAGACCCCAGUACUGCUUUCCUAAGGUGCCCACUGUGACAUCUUGGGGGGCUCCAAUCGUCUGGGAGGGAGCCUAUGACAUGGAGAAGGAAAACCGAAUUCAUCAAGAGCAAAGGACCGUGGUUGGACUCUCAGUCUUUGCUGUGAAACAGUAUCUGGAAAGUUAUCUCGCUGACUUCCUCGUCUCUGCCAACCUGUACUUUAUGCCGAACCUCUCCUGCGUGUUUUACAUCCUCACCGACCGUCCAGAUCAAGUGCCCGAUAUUAAACUGCGCCCCGGAGUGUCCAAGGUCAUCCUCGAGAUUCCCAAGAGAAGCCGCUGGCAGGAUAUCUCUAUGCUACGCAUGAAAGACUUGCUUGAGCUGGUCUUGCCUCGGGCCGCAAAGCAAGUUAAUUACCUGUUCUGCAUGGAUGUUGAUCAGAUAUUCACUUCCAGUUAUGGCCCGGAGGUCCUUGGCAAGCUGGUGGCACAGUUACACUCUGGUUACUACCUGGCCAAACCAGAAGACUUCACCUAUGAAAAGGACCCCCGAUCUGCAGCCUACAUACCUCCAGGGGAGGGGCAAUUUUACUACCACGCCGCCGUGUUUGGCGGCACGCCCUCUCAUCUCGUUAACCUUACCACCGGCUGUCUGAAGGGCAUCUUAAAGGACAAGAAGCAGAACGUGGAGGCGGUGUGGCACGACGAAAGUCAUCUCAACAGAUAUUUUGCCUUGGAAGCUCCGCCACUGAAGAUACUGUCACCGGAGUAUUGUUGGGACAACAGAUUGUGGUUGAAAUAUCGUAAACUGGUCUGGGCAGAGAAAAAAUAUUCAAAAACAAGGGUAUAACUACUCA